AGGGAGUUACUUUUUAUUGGUUGUUCUAUUCCGGUUUGGUUACCCAGACCACCUCAAGUUUGAGUAAUAGAAUGACCUUUUGACGUCAAAAAAAAAAAAAAAAAAUUGUUCUGCAAAGGAUGGGAGGGCCACUUUAAGUACAAGACAAUAAGGUUUGGAAUAGCCCAACGUGAUUAAGAGUAAUUUCUUCCAAUCAUUUCAUCGUGUUAUUGAAUUAUUGUGCCUAAUCAAGUUAAUAAAGAAAAUGACUAGGUCUUUUAUAUACUUAGCUUGAUGGUAGCAUUUAUUUUAUACUUUUUUUUUUGGUAAAACAUCUAUACUUACUAAUACAUUUCUUACCAAGAGUAACCAUUUAAUAUUCUGGAGUAAAUAAAAUAUAUAUAUGAAACGCAUGACCGUUCAUAGUUUAAAUGACUAGGUCCAUAACGGAGCCGAUAAUUGUGGCCACGGGGUACUCCGUGGGUAGGUACACUGACGGUCAAAGGUGACAACUCUUGUGCUGGCUUGGACACCCUAGCCUCAAGAAGUCCCAGAGGCUGAAUAUGUGGCCUACAGGUGUUCACUGGAAGAGGAUCUCCGAUUGCUCUGCUUUUCACAUGCGAUCCAUUCUCCUUCUCUGUAGCCAUCUAGUUUGUUUUUAAUUUACUGUUGCUUGCCUGUAACCUAGUGAUUUCUGUUUUCUGGUGUACCAGAAUUUUGUACACUGUCGAUGCCCUUUCGAGGUUUGAUAAGCCUUAAUCAAAUAUCCAUAUUAGUAUAGGUGUUCAGGAACAAUGUAAUUUAGUUUCGCGUAGUAGAUAAAUCGAACUUGAUACGUAUUGGCGUUGCAAGUUUGUCUCCUUUUCAUUCGACCACAAGGUCCUCAACAAAAAAAAGUCCUAGUCAUUUUCAUUAUCAAAACUAUACUAAAAGCACAAUAUAAAGCCCUAUGAAGCCCUCCACGUCGGAUAGAAUAAACGACCAAUAGUAAUGCAGCAAACAGCCACGUCACCGUCGAGUUAACUUUGUUUUGACUUUUGGUUUGGGCUUCGAUGUUUCUGGCCUGUAUGGUAUGAAUGUUUUUGAGCCCACGUUCUGGAGAUGAAAGACCAACGUAUUACGCAACAUGUUCUUUUUGUCUUUGUCGUAACCCUAAUUUUGUUCUUCACCCUCCUUUCGUCUUCCUGAUCUUCCAUCUCUCUCUUCUCUAAAUCCGUUUUCUUGAGUAACUUCACCACUAAAUCCUGUAAUUAAACCUUGGUUUAACACAUUCAAUGGAUUCUCUUCACCUUCCUCUUUAUUUUCCUAUUUAUAGAUCUGAUUUCUUGGCUUAUUACUCUAUCAAAGUUCAUAAGAUUCUCUCAGACAGUCAUCGCGAUGGAAAACACUGGCAAAUCUCCGAUCUCCACUGACCGCAAGACCAACGAGAAGAACGUCGACUCCUCUCCGUCUGCAAAACCAAACGGGAAGUCCAUUGCUUCCUCUGUGACCAUCGACUCUUCUGCGUCUGUGAAGCCAAACGAGAAGUCCACCGCUUCUUCCGCGAUUGCGAAGAAACUUAACAAGAAGGCUGCCAUUUCAUCUGCCAAUCCGAUGUACCCAACCGCUGUUACCGCUCUCUCCUCCGCGCAUGGCGACCAAGUGAUGUUGUUCAGAGAUAUUUCUCACGGCCCGCGCGAAGCCGAGUUGAUGUUUCGUUUGAUUCACUUCUGGGAGGCUCGCAAUCCAAAUACAAAAACCUUAAUUGGACAAGAGAUGCUCCUUAUCGACGAAGAGGGUACUGUUAUUCAAGGUUUUGUUCCAGCCAGCCGUGUCGGAACAUUUGAUCUGAUAGCUGGUUCUGUGUUUAAACUGAUCAACUUCUUCGGAUCCAGAAGCAAAGAUCAGUAUCGGGUUGCUGAUCAUGUCGCCACCGUCUCAUUCACUUGGAAUUCUUCUUUGUCCGUGCUUGAGAACCCUCCGGUUCUAAUUCCAGAAGAUAGGUUCAGGUUCCACAGCUACGAGGAGUUUAAGGCCAACUGUGACUCCAAGGGUGAUCUUUAUGAUUACCUUGGUCACGUGAAGCUGGUGAAUGGGCAGACUAUCGCGGACCAUAUGGUGCUUGACGAAGAUGCCAUAGCAGAGAAGCGGCAUCUAUGUGUUCAUGUUCAGACACAUGAUGGACCGGUGAUGAAGCUUUAUCUGUGGGACAAGGUUGCAGCCGACUUCUGCCAGAAAUUCAAGUCGUAUGGAAGCAUCCCAAGCGUUCUUUUGGUCACCACUGUGAACCCUAAACAUCUUGGAGGAACCCUUGCUAUCACUUCUAUGCCAUCAUCACGUGUGUUUAUGGAUUCCGAUGUUCAGCCUACCAAGGAUUAUCUUGAAUGGUUGAGUUCCAACUUUGAUAUUGCUAAUAGGAUUUCUGCUGAGGUUGUUACUAAGCCUGAGACAGUGACUCUUGAUGAGCUAUUCACUUACAUCAAGCAGGAAGCUUCUAAGGUUGCUUGGUUUGAGUGCAUAGCAACUAUAGAUGAUGUUGUCCAGGGUUCUGCUUGGUAUUACAUUUCCUGCGAUGGAUGUAAUAGCAAGGCUGUCAAAGGGCCUACUUCUAUGAUUUGCAACAAUAAGAAGUGUGGGAAGAGAGAAGUCACAGGAGUGCCACAGUACCUCACGAGGCUUUCUGUGUAUGAUAAGAAAGAGCAAGCAGUGUUUGUCAUUCUUGGUGAUGCUGGCAAGGAGUUAACUGGGAAACAUGCAGCGGAAUUAGUUGCUAAGUACUUUGAGGCUAACGAUGGAGUAGGAGCUGAACACUGCGUCCCGGUUCCACAGGCUUUGCUUGAUACAAUAGGGCAGACGCGCAAGUUUAUUGUUAAAGUUUCAGAUCAUAAUCUGAAAGGCAAGAUUCAGUCCAUAACUGUCACCAAGAUUCUCCCACUAGAAGCUCCACUUCCAUCAGUUGUAGGUGAGGAAUCUGGUUCUUCCGGAGGCUUAGGAGAUACUGCAGGUGAUAGGGCUAGGAAAGCCGCUGAGACCCUUGAGUCAGAUGCAGCAAAGCGUUCAAAGAGUGGCUAAUAUGGUUUCAGCUUAUUUUCUUACGCAGUUAUUGUUUUAGCUGCAGUUCAGGUCGUGUUUUUUUAAGUUUCCCUAAUGCCUUUGUGUUCUUUUCAUUACAAACUUCAGGCUUUUGACCUUUUCUGUUUAAGUUUUUUAAAUACAAUUUCCAUUAUAUGGUUUUAUCUUAUCCUUAUGAGCAUUUUACUUAUUGCAUUAUGAUCUUUCCAUAGGUAGCGUUAUAAUCUUUCGAAAGAAAUCGCUUUGGUUUGAAUAUAGUAAUGAUCUGAAAGAAAUCGCUCUGGUCAUUUAAUUUGUGAACUUUGGUCCGGGAGCAUUAAAUUUAAAUUUAUACGAAAUUAUUACACAAUCCCGAAUUUACAUCAAUCUUAGUGUGAAAAGGAAAGUUAAUAUUCUUCACAAAUGUUUCUUUUAAAAUAAGUAAUGUCCCAAAAACCUAGCUUCUUGCCGAAUCCAACAGACGCUCUCUACCAUCUUCUCACGACCAUCCUCCAGAGACUCCGUAUACGUAUACUGAUAUACCUAAUCUAUAGUGAGUUGGUUAUAGAAUCGCUGCACAAGUCAGGAAUGUAUAACACACCCUCCGAUGAACCCAUAGCACUUGAAGGUAAACAAUUCAUCUACUCUUCUUUCUCUGAAAAGUCCAAUCAAAAUGAAACCAUGGUUAGAUUACGUAUAAUACAAAACAGAGAGAGAGUAUAUGAAUAGUUAAAUCUAAAAAAAAAAUAUAUGUGAAUAAUACUAAGAAUGAGUAUUGAAUAUGCUAUGUCGCUCUUGAAAACUGUAAAUUGUAAACAUCAAAGUAACUUUAUUAUUCGUUACUUUUAAGCUAGCCUCUACUCCUAAGUUUUUAUAAUUGUUUGAAUCAUUUUGUGGUGUUAUUAUCAUGGUUGCAAAACGUUAAACAAACCCUUUAUUUAUUAAUAUUGGCUGGACAAUUACAUAAAGAAGAAUUAUAGACUAAAUAUAAAAAAAAUACUGAGAAAGACUGCAAACCUAAGUUCAAAAAAAAAAAAA